GGGUGGGCGUGGCCCGGCGGGGUGGGCGUGGCCCGUGCGGCGCGGGGCGCACCGGAGCCAGCGGAGCGCAGCGGAGCCGCCGCCGCCGCCAGCCCGAGCCCCCCCGCCGCCGCCGCCCUGCUGCCCCCCGCCGGCACCAUUCCCUCCCCCGGGCGCCAGCGCGCCCCGGCCGGGCGGCGGCUCAGCCUGGGCCGGAAAACUUUGCUGGCGGCCGCGGCGGGGGUGGUGAUGGUUCUGGUGCUGGUGGUGCUCAUCCCGGUGCUGGUGAGCUCCGCCGGUACCGACGGCCGGUACGAGAUGCUGGGCACCUGCCGGAUGGUCUGCGAGCCCUACGGCCCCGCCGCCCCCCCGCAACCGGCCGAGCGCGGCCCCCUCCCGCCGCCCUCCACCCUGGUGCAGGGUCCCCAAGGCAAACCGGGGAGACCGGGGAAACCGGGACCGCCGGGGCCGCCCGGAGAACCGGGGCCGCCGGGGCCGGUGGGGGCGCGGGGUGAAGCAGGAAGACCGGGACCCCCGGGAUUGCCGGGACCGGGCGCUACGGGCGCGGUGAGCGCGGCCACCUACAGCACCGUGCCGCGGGUCGCCUUCUACGCCGGCCUCAAGAACCCCCACGAGGGCUACGAGGUCCUCAAGUUCGACGACGUGGUCACCAACCUGGGCAACAGCUACGACGCCGCCUCGGGCAAGUUCACCUGCGCCAUCCCCGGCACCUACUUCUUCACCUACCACGUCCUCAUGCGCGGCGGCGACGGCACCAGCAUGUGGGCCGACCUCUGCAAGAACGGGCAGGUCCGGGCCAGCGCCAUCGCGCAGGACGCCGACCAGAACUACGACUACGCCAGCAACAGCGUCAUCCUGCACCUGGACGCGGGGGACGAGGUCUUCAUCAAGCUGGACGGGGGCAAAGCCCACGGCGGCAACAACAACAAGUACAGCACCUUCUCCGGCUUCAUCAUCUACUCGGACUGAGCCCGGAGCCGCCGCGGCGCCCCCGCAUCCCCAGCCCCGCGGGCCGCCCCCGCAGUGACCCCCAGCCCCACGGCGUCCCGGGCCGUGGUUCGGUUCCCUGCUGCCCCCAGCUCCCCCCGCUCCUGCCCAGCCCCACGGCACCCCCCGCGCCGUCCGGCCCGCGGAUCCCCCUCCCCGCGCCCCUCCGGUGCCCCGAGCCCCCGUCUCCCGUCAGCUCACACGAGGGCUGCCGCUCCAGGGCUUGGGGCUGCAGAGGGCUGGGGGUGGCAAGAGGCUGGGGGUGCCCCCCGCGCUGCCCCACGGCACCCCCAUGCCCGGCUGUGCCCCCCUUGUCCCGCCGCCGCUCUCUGCCCGCCCUGGGGCGCUGCCGGGGGUCCCGGGGGGUCCCGGGGGUCCGGCUGUACCGACGCGUCGUGUCCCGGGCCGGGGGGCUGUGCUGGGGCGGGGGGAGCCGCCGUCCCGCUCCCCCCGCCGGGUGACAACAUGGUAAAGCAGAGCUGUCAUCUC